AUGGCGGACGCGACCCGCUGGGACGGCUGCGCCGGCUCGCAGCUGCCCUCGUCCCUGGAGAAUUGCCUGGACCCGUGGGAGCUACGCCGUCCCGACUCACACUCUGGACAGACGUCCACCAACGCCCGCCUGGUGCGGCCGCAGACACUGCCUCUGCCCGUGGCGCCGAGCGCUCAGCCGCAUUCCCACACCCUGGCUUGGCUUCUCCCCUUUGCCAUCCUGCUGGCCGCACGCCUUCUCCGCCCCAUCAACCCCAGAGACAACUCCCGGGUGACCUGGCUUCAGACACUCCCAGGUGUUCGGAGCUUUAUCUCUCUCAACACAUUGACCCUCAAUGUCAAGAGUGAGAAGGUUUACACGCGCCAUGGGGUCCCCAUCUCCGUCACCGGCAUCGCCCAGGUGAAAAUCCAGGGGCAGAACAAAGAGAUGCUGGCGGCCGCCUGCCAGAUGUUCCUGGGGAAGACGGAGGCUGAGAUCGCCCACAUCGCCCUGGAGACGCUGGAGGGCCACCAGAGGGCCAUCAUGGCCCACAUGACUGUGGAGGAAAUCUAUAAGGACCGGCAGAAGUUCUCAGAGCAGGUUUUCAAAGUGGCCUCCUCAGACCUGGUGAACAUGGGCAUCAGUGUGGUCAGCUACACCCUGAAGGACAUUCAUGACGACCAGGACUACUUGCACUCCCUGGGGAAGGCUCGGACCGCUCAAGUCCAAAAGGAUGCGCGGAUUGGAGAAGCGGAGGCCAAGCGGGAUGCUGGGAUCCGGGAGGCCAAAGCCAAGCAGGAGAAAGUGUCUGCUCAGUACCUGAGUGAGAUCGACAUGGCCAAGGCCCAGAGGGACUACGAGCUGAAGAAGGCCGCCUACGACAUCGAGGUCAACACGCGCCGCGCGCAGGCCGACCUGGCCUACCAGCUUCAGGUGGCCAAAACCAAGCAGCAGAUCGAGGAGCAGCGGGUGCAGGUGCAGGUGGUGGAGCGGGCCCAGCAGGUGGCAGUGCAGGAGCAGGAGAUUGCCCGCCGGGAGAAGGAGCUGAGAAGUAAACGCCCUCCCGCCCCUCCUGCUCCUUCCCACCCGGCGCCCCCAGAUAGAGCCGAGCAGAUCAUGCAGGCGGAGGCCGAAGCAGAGUCUGUGAGGAUGCGGGGGGAGGCCGAGGCCUUCGCCAUUGGGGCCCGGGCCCGGGCUGAGGCCGAACAGAUGGCCAAGAAGGCAGAAGCGUUCCAGCUGUACCAGGAGGCUGCUCAACUGGACAUGCUGCUGGAGAAGCUGCCCCAGGUGGCAGAGGAGAUCAGUGGUCCCUUGACCUCGACCAAAAAGAUCACCCUGGUGUCGAGUGGAAGUGGGGCCGUGGGAGCGGCCAAAGUGACGGGGGAAGUACUGGACAUCCUGAGCCGCCUGCCGGAGAGCGUGGAGAGACUCACGGGCAUCAGCAUCUCCCAGGUGAACCACAAGCCUUUGCGAACUGCCUGAGCCCUCAACCUUCACCGAUGCCUCGUCUCAUGUUCAAGCUGCCUGAACGCUCCCCAUGCUGCAUGCAUGUCAGCUGGCCUCCCAGAGCACGUCCUUGGGCAGUGGGAUUCUGCUGCUCACCUCCCCUUGCCAAAUAGCCGUGCCUUGCCCCCUGCCCGGGCCCACACCACCGAGACUGCCAGUCCCCCAGGGUUCCCUGCCAGCUGUCCAAUCAUCCCACUCCACCUAGCUUGUUUAAUUUCCUAAUUAAACUACACUGAGCCUGUGGCCCA